UACAUGUACCCCGGGACUAGAAUUUCGCCGUAGAACGUAGGAGAAACAAACAAAUAUGCUGAUAAGAGAAUUGGCGGCCGUUUGGGUCACCGUCCUCUUGUGCCAUCUUCAGCUAACGGAGUCUCAGGUUCCUACUGCAAAUGUCUUCACCUGUCCAAACGGAUGGGAACUGCGAGGCAUACACUGUUACUGGGAAAAAGCGGCGGAAUUAUGCAGGAGAUACGGAAGCGAGCUGAUGGUGGUCGAGUCGUACAGCGAGAACAACAUGUCGGCGAGCAUGAUCGGCCGGCAUUUGGAUCAUUACUGGCUAGGUCUCGCUUCACUCGACGAUUUACGGACCAACACACUCGAAUCCGCCGCGGGAAUGCUCGUCUCUCAAUACGCCGGUUUCUGGGCGCCGAGGCAACCGAAUCCACACUCGGGUGAGUGCGUAGACGUCGCCUUGACGGACGACCGACAAACGUGGGAAUUGACCACGUGCGAGUCACUUCUUCCUUUCAUGUGUCGUGCCAACGCCUGUCCUUCCGGUUCGUUCCACUGCUCGAACGGCAAGUGCAUCAACGCGGCGUUCAAGUGCGACAAGCAGGACGAUUGCGGCGAUUAUUCCGAUGAGCUGGACUGUCCGGCUAAUUGCCAAUAUUAUAUGGCGAGCAGCGGCGACGUCGUGGAGAGUCCGAAUUACCCGCAUAAAUAUGCACCCCUCAGCAAUUGCAAGUGGACACUGGAAGGCCCUCAAGGACAUAAUAUUCUUCUGCAGUUCCAAGAAUUUGAGACCGAGAAAAGCUUCGACAUAGUGCAGAUCCUCGUAGGCGGUAGAACCGAGGAGAAGUCCGUGAAUCUUGCGACUCUUUCCGGCAAGCAAGAAUUGAGCAACAAACUCUUCGUCUCGGCCUCGAACUUUAUGAUUAUCAAGUUUAGCACUGAUGCUUCGGUGGAGAGGAAGGGUUUCCGCGCUUCCUGGAAAACCGAGCCGCAGACCUGCGGCGGAAUUCUUAGAGCUACAUCGCAAGGACAGGUGCUCACGUCUCCGGGAUAUCCGCAGAAUUAUCCUGGAGGUCUCGAAUGCCUGUAUAUUCUGCAGGCUCAGGCGGGACGCAUAAUGUCCGUGGAGAUCGAGGACUUGGAUCUCGAGAUGAAUCGAGAUUACAUUCUUGUCAGGGACGGAGACUCACCUAUGAGCCGACCGAUCGCGCGUUUCACGGGAAAAUCAGAGGAAAAUCCGGCGGUGAUCAUGUCCACCGGAAACAACUUGUAUCUGUACUUUAAAACAAGUCUUGGCGAUUCCAGGCGUGGUUUCAGCAUUCGCUUCACGCAAGGCUGCAAGGCUACGAUCAUCGCGAGAAAUGGCACGGUUCAAUCGCCUUCUUACGGCCUCAACGAUUAUCCUAAUAACCAGGAAUGUUUGUACAGAAUCAGAAAUCCGGAUAGAGGACCGCUGUCUCUGAAAUUUCUCAGUUUCAACGUUCAUAAAACUGACUACGUGCAGAUAUACGAUGGUUCCAACACGAACGGUCUGCGAUUACAUCCCGGAAGCGGUUUCACCUCUAACACUCGACCCAAGAUCACGCUCACUGCGGAAAGCGGAGAAAUGCUCGUCAGAUUCGCCUCCGAUGCUUUGCACAGCAGCACCGGUUGGCAAGCUGAAUUUUCUGCCGAUUGUCCGCCAUUGCAACCCGGCGAGGGAGCACUAGCGUCGAGUCGGGACACAGCUUUCGGCACGAUAGUUACGUUCUCUUGCCCGCUAGGACAAGAAUUCGCCACAGGAAAGUCGAGAAUCUCCACGGAGUGUCUCCCUGGAGGAAACUGGUCCGUUACAUAUAUUCCCAAAUGUCAGGAAGUAUACUGCGGUCCCGUACCUCAAAUCGACAACGGAUUCUCGAUUGGCUCCUCGAAUGUUACUUACCGCGGACUAGCAACCUAUCAGUGUUACGCGGGAUUUGCGUUUCCUUCCGGAAGGCCGACGGAAAAGAUUUCAUGCCUGGCGGACGGAAGAUGGGAAAAAAAGCCAUCUUGUUUAGCAUCUCAAUGCGCUCCAUUGCCGGAGGCUCCUCAUUCUAACAUAACUAUCUUGAACGGAGGUGGUCGAAGUUACGGCACGAUUGUUAGAUUCGAGUGCGAACCCGGUUACGUACGAAGUGGACAUCCCGUCAUCCUUUGCAUGAGCAACGGAACCUGGUCCGACGAAGUGCCAACGUGUUCUCGGGCUAAAUGUCCGCUACUGCCGACGAUUAAAAACGGAUUUGUCGUCGAUACCGGCAGAGAUUACUUCUUUGGCGAUGAAGCCAGGGUGCAAUGUAACAGAGGCUACAAACUAACUGGAUCAAAUAUCAUACAAUGCGGACCCUAUCAACGAUUCGAUAACGUACCGACUUGCGAAGACAUAAACGAGUGCGCAUCAAGCCAAUGCGAUCUGGCGUCCACGGAGUGCAUAAACAAUCCAGGUGCAUUUACCUGCAAGUGUAAGCCGGGAUUCGCACCGACUAUGGAGUGUCGACCUAUCGGCGAUCUCGGGCUAAUCAACGGCGGCAUUCCCGACGAAUCGAUCACGGUUUCCAGCUCGGAAAAUGGAUACACAAAAACCGGAAUUCGUUUAAACAACGGCGACGGCUGGUGCGGCAACAACAUCGAGCCGGGCACGAAUUGGGUGAUAAUCGACAUGAAAGCACCGACCAUCAUUCGCGGCUUUCGCACACAGGUUGUAGCCAGGUUGGACGGCAACAUCGCGUACACAUCAGCCGUGCGGAUUCAGUACACGAACGAUCUGACGGACAUCUUCAAGGACUACACCAAUCCGGAUGGCACACCGGUGGAGUUUAGGAUUUUAGAGGCGACACUCUCCGUUCUGAACCUGCCGGUGCCAAUUGAGACGCGCUACAUAAAAUUCAAGAUACAGGAUUACAUCGGCGCGCCGUGCAUGAAGUUAGAGAUAAUGGGGUGCACGAGGCUAGAAUGCGCCGAUAUCAACGAGUGCGCGGUCAGAAACGGCGGCUGUCAUCAGAAAUGCAUCAACAACCCCGGCGGCUACUCCUGCAUGUGCAACACUGGUUUUGAAUUAUACAAGGGCAACGGCACGGCUGGAUUCAAUUUGGCGAAAUCGGAGACUGGCGAGAGGGACGGCGAUCUCUAUCAGAGAAACAAGACGUGCGUGCCAGUAAUGUGUCCUCUAUUAACGUCGCCGGAAAAUGGAAAACUACUCUCGACCAAGGUAAAAUAUUAAAUGACACGAAAGACGGUUGUUUAAAUAAAAAUUAAUUGUCACGAAAAUAAUGGUUACAAAAUGCACAGAUGUCUAUACUAAACUAGAUUGCUAACUUGUCACGAUUACAAUAGCAUGGCUUGCGUCCGAUAGUAUGCAAAAUGCGUGUCAUUACCGGACGACAAAAAUGAUGGUCUUUCCGUGAUCCGAAACGACGAAGCCAGCGUACUGGUACCUUUCAAGCAGAACGUCACUCUCAAGUGCGGCAGUAACGGCCGUUACUUGCGCAACACCGCGACUUCCGCUUUUCGGCAGUGCAUUUACGAUCCUAAGCCUGGCUUACCUGAUUACUGGCUGUCCGGUUUGCAGCCGGCUUGUCCUCGCGUGGACUGCGGCAAACCUCUUCCCACGCCUGGCGCCGAAUACGGCCAGUAUCUCGAUUCCAAGUACCAGUCGUCCUUCUUUUUCGGCUGUCAGGACACCUUCAAGUUGGCCGGUCAGACCAAUCGUAAUGACAACGUGGUACGUUGCCAGGCAAACAGCGUCUGGGACUUUGGAAAUCUGCGAUGCGAGGGUCCGGUCUGCGAAGACCCCGGUAGACCAAGCGACGGCUAUCAGGUAGCGCGAAGCUACGAGCAAGGCUCAGAAGUGCAGUUCGGCUGCGGUAGACCCGGCUACAUUCUCAUCAAUCCACGACCGAUCGUCUGCAUCCGCGAGCCUGAAUGCAAGGUCGUCAAACCGCUCGGCCUUACUUCCGGAAGAAUCCCGGAUUCAGCGAUAAACGCUACUUCCGAGCGACCCAACUACGAAGCCAAGAAUGUCCGAUUAAAUUCUGUGACCGGUUGGUGCGGCAAGCAGGAAGCCUUUACGUACGUCAGCGUCGAUCUCGGCCGUGUCUACCGAGUGAAAGCAAUUUUAGUGAAAGGCGUCAUCACCAAUGACAUCGUCGGCAGACCUACGGAAAUUCGAUUCUUCUAUAAGCAGUCGGAGAGCGAGAACUACGUUGUCUAUUUCCCAAACUUCAAUCUGACAAUGCGCGAUCCAGGAAAUUACGGCGAACUGGCGAUGAUCACUCUGCCAAAAUACGUGCAGGCUCGUUUUGUUAUUCUCGGUAUUGUCAGCUACAUGGAUAACGCGUGUCUAAAGUUUGAACUAAUGGGAUGCGAGGAACCGAUGGUCGAGCCGUUGUUGGGUUACGAUUACGGAUUCUCGCCAUGCGUGGACAACGAGCCGCCGGUAUUCCAGAACUGUCCGCAACAACCCAUAGUCGUGCAGAAGGGAGACGACUGCGAAUUGCUUCCGGUGAAUUUCACAAUUCCAACGGCCAUCGACAACAGUGGAAGCAUCGCCCGACUGGAAGUAAAGCCGCAGAGCUUCAAAACGCCUAUUCGGAUCUUCGAGGACACGGUCGUGAAAUAUGUGGCCUUCGAUUAUGACGGCAAUGUUGCCAUCUGCGAAAUUAACAUUACAGUGCCCGAUAUAACUCCACCGAAACUGAGCUGUCCCCAGAGUUAUGUUAUCGAACUGGUCGAUCGACAAGAAAGUUACUCCAUCAAUUUUAACGAAACACGAAGACGUAUCAACGCCACGGACGUAUCCGGUCCCGUGAAGAUCACUUUUGUGCCAGAACGCGCAAUGAUUCGAGUCGGCAGUUUUGAAAACGUCACAGUAUAUGCAACGGACUCGAGCGGCAACCGAGCGACUUGCCAUUUCCAAGUUUCGGUCCAGGCAACGCCCUGUGUCGAUUGGGAAUUGAAACCGCCGGCUAACGGCGGUCUAAAAUGUGUCCCUGGAGAUAAGGGAUUGCAAUGUAUAGCAACCUGCAAGGCCGGAUAUAGAUUCACGGAUGGUGCACCAGUAAAGACAUUCGGAUGCGACGUUAACAAACGGUGGACGCCCUCGUCGGUGGUUCCCGACUGCGUUUCUGAAAACACGCAACAAGCUGAUUAUCAUGUAAUUGCCUCGCUAACUUAUCGCGCAAAUGGCGCUGUUUCUCGAUCUUGUUUGUCGAUGUAUCAGGAUCUCAUGGCUCAAUAUUAUACAGAUAUCAAUAAUGUUUUGACUGAACGUUGUUCCGGUCUUAGUGUGAACAUGAACGUGUCUUUCAUCAAAUCCAUGCCUUCCUUAAUCGAAGAAAAUGUUCUCAAGAUGGACUUUGUCUUAGUAAUUGUACCAGCAGUACGUCAAACGCAAUUAUACGAACAUUGCGGAGCCACAUUGAGUCUGAUCUUCGAUUUAUCGGUCCCGUAUGCGAGUGCAGUUAUCGAGUCUCUAUUAAACGUUUCGGCGAUCGGCAAUCAAUGUCCGCCUCUUCGUGCUCUCAAAUCAUCCAGUAGCAAAGGUUUCACGUGCAGCGUCGGUGAAGUAUUGAACAUGGAUACCAACGAUGUUCCUCGAUGUCUGCAUUGUCCGGCCGGAACUUUUGCCAGUGAGAAGCAGAAGCAGUGCACAGCCUGUCCGAAGGGUUUGUAUCAGAACAGCGACCGUCAGGGUUCUUGCUUGCGCUGUCCAUUCGGUACUUACACGAAGGAGGAAGGCUCGAAGAGCAUAGACGAUUGUAUACCGGUCUGCGGUUACGGCACGUAUUCGCCUACCGGUCUGGUGCCUUGCCUGGAGUGUCCCAGAAACAGUUACACCGGCGAACCGCCGAUAGGCGGCUACAAGGACUGCCAGACUUGUCCGGCCGGCACGUUCACGUAUCAACCGGCCGCGUCUGGUCGCGAUCGUUGUCGCGCCAAGUGUUCCCCGGGCAUGUACUCGGACACGGGACUAGCCCCGUGCGCCCAGUGCCCUAAAAACUUCUUCCAGCCUCAGCAUGGCGCGACCACCUGCGUCGAGUGUCCCACAAACAUGUACACGAACGGAUCCGGCUCGGUGGGUCGCGAGGAAUGCAAGCCCGUCCAAUGCACUGACAAUGUAUGCCAGCACGGCGGUCUUUGCGUGCCGAUGGGACACGGCGUGCACUGUUAUUGUCCGGCUGGUUUCUCCGGUAGACGUUGCGAGAUCGACAUAGACGAGUGCGCGUCUCAGCCAUGUUACAACGGUGCUACUUGCAUCGAUCUGCCACAAGGCUACAGGUGCCAAUGCGCUAACGGCUAUUCCGGUAUCAAUUGUCAGGAGGAAAAGUCGGAUUGUACCAACGACACGUGUCCGGAGAGAGCUAUGUGCAAAGACGAGCCUGGAUUUAACAAUUACACUUGCCUUUGUCGGUCUGGAUACACCGGAGUCGAUUGCGAUAUCACUAUAAAUCCGUGCACAGCUAGCGGAAAUCCUUGCAACAAUGGUGCGACGUGUGUGGCACUACAACAGGGCCGCUAUAAGUGCGACUGCUUGCCAGGAUGGGAAGGUCAGAGCUGUGAGAUCAACACCGACGAUUGUGCCGAGCGACCCUGCCUGCUCGACGCCAACUGCACUGAUUUGAUUGCCGAUUUCGCCUGCGAUUGUCCGCCCGGAUUUACCGGCAAACGCUGCCACGAAAAAAUCGACCUGUGCUCGGGCAACCCUUGUUUAAAUGGGAUCUGCGUGGAUAAGCUCUUCAGCCACGAAUGCAUCUGCCAUACGGGGUGGACCGGCGCGGCUUGCGAGACCAACAUCAACGAGUGCGCGUCGAGACCGUGCAGGAAUAACGGCCAGUGCAUUGAUCAAAUUGGCGAUUAUACCUGCACCUGCGAGCCUAGUUAUACCGGCAAGCAAUGCCAGCAUACGGUCGAUGAUUGCGCGUCCGAUCCUUGCCAGAACGGUGCUACGUGCUUGGAUCAACUGGAGGGAUUCGUUUGCAAAUGCAGACCCGGUUACGUUGGGUUGCAGUGCGAGGCGGAGAUCGAUGAGUGCCUCAGCGAUCCUUGCAGUCCGGUCGGUACCGAUCGCUGCGUGGAUCUCGACAAUACUUUUGUUUGUCAUUGCCGCGAAGGCUACACCGGCGCAUCGUGCGAGAUCGACAUUGAUGAUUGCGAAUCCGACCCGUGCCUGAACAAUGCAAUGUGCAUAGACGAGGUUGGCGGUUUCAAGUGCGUGUGCCCGGAGGGAUGGAUCGGGACUCACUGUCAGAUAGACGUCGGCAUGUGCCAAAAUCGACCGUGCCAGAACGAUGCCGCAUGCGUGGACUUGUUUAUGGAUUACUUCUGCGUCUGCCCAUCCGGUACCGAUGGCAAGCAAUGUGAAACAGCACCAGAACGUUGCAUCGGAAAUCCGUGCAUGCAUCAUGGUCGUUGUCAAGAUUUUGGUUCGGGUUUGAAUUGUACCUGCCCCGACGAUUAUACAGGAAUUGGUUGUCAAUACGAAUACGAUGCUUGUCAGGCCGGCGCUUGCAAAAACGGUGCUACUUGCAUCGACGAAGGCUCUGGAUUCACCUGCAUAUGUCUUCCAGGAUAUACAGGCCAAACUUGCGAGGAGGACAUAAUCGACUGCAAAGAGAAUUCUUGUCCGCCAUCGGCGACCUGUAUCGAUCUUACCGGCAAAUUUUUCUGCCAAUGUCCGUUUAAUUUAACUGGCGACGAUUGCAGAAAAUCCAUCCAAGUGGAUUAUGAUUUGUACUUUAGCGAUCCGGGACGAAGCAGUGCUUCACAGAUUAUUCCAUUUUUCACUGGUUCCACGAAGAGCUUGACUGUUGCUAUGUGGGUGCAAUUUACGCAGAGAGAUGAAGCUGGAAUUUUCUUCACUCUUUAUGGUGUCAGCUCGCCGCACGUUCCAACAAACCGCAGACUUAUGAUCCAAGCACACAGUAAUGGAGUUCAGAUAUCCCUCUUCCACGACUUGCAAGAUGUUUAUCUGCCAUUCAGAGAAUACGCGACUAUAAACGAUGGACAAUGGCAUCACGUAGCAGUUGUAUGGAACGGAGAAAAUGGCGGAGAGCUCACUCUAAUCACGGAGGGCCUCAUCGCUAGCAAGACCGAGGGUUACGGUAGCGGCAGAUCACUUUCGGCGUAUGCAUGGGCCGUGUUAGGUAAACCGCAGAGCGAGAACAUAAAGGGCUACACGGAAUCAGGCUUCCAAGGCCAUCUGACCAAGGUGCAAGUCUGGGGCCGCGCGUUGCACGUGACGAAUGAGAUUCAGAAACAGGUGCGCGACUGCCGCACGGAACCAGUGCUCUAUCAAGGCCUGGUGCUGACAUGGGCAGGAUACGACGAGACCAUAGGUGGGGUCGAGAGAAUAGUGCCGUCGCAUUGUGGACAGCGAGUGUGUCCGCCCGGUUACGGUGGCAACAGAUGUCAGCAGCUCGAGGCCGACAAGAUUCCGCCCAAGGUGGAGCAUUGUCCGGGCGAUCUCUGGGUGAUCGCGAGAAACGGAUCGUCCAUAGUCACCUGGGACGAGCCGCGUUUUAGCGACAAUGUCGGCGUCACAAAGAUACAGGAGAAGAACGGACAUCGAGCCGGGCAGACUCUGAUGUGGGGCAUUUACGAUAUCAGUUACGUGGCUUACGAUCAGGCCGGAAACUCGGCCAGUUGCAAUUUCAAAGUUUACAUAUUGUCGGACUUCUGUCCGACACUGGACGAUCCUAUCGGUGGUAUACAACAGUGCAAAGACUGGGGCUCGGGAGGCCAAUUCAAAGUCUGUGAAAUUUCUUGCAACACCGGACUUCGAUUUUCGCAGGAGGUUCCCAAGUUCUACACGUGCGGUGCGGAAGGCUUCUGGAGGCCCACCAAUGAUCCUAGUCUACCUCUGGUGUAUCCAGCUUGUACAAGCUCUACGUCAGCGCAAAGGGUCUUCAAAAUUAAGAUGAACUUCCCAACAUCGGUACUCUGCAACGAGGCCGGUCAAGGUGUACUCAAGCAGAAGGUUCGAAACGCCGUGAAUUCACUGAACAGAGACUGGAACUUCUGUUCGUAUUCUUACGAAGGAACUCGCGAGUGCAAAGAUCUUAAUAUCGACGUGCAAUGCGAUCAUCGCGUACGCACGACGAGAGAAACGAGCGAGGAAGACGGCGGAACUUACGUCGUUUCCGCGAUUGUGCCCGCAGAACCAACGAGACAGGGUCGCCAAGGCAGUGACACUUAUGAGGUGGAGAUCUCGUUCCCAGCGAUAAACGAUCCGAUCCUGAACGCUAACUCGAACGAACGCUCGACCGUGCAGAUGUUGCUCGAAAAACUGAUCCUAGAAGAGGACCAAUUCGAUGUUCACGAUAUUUUGCCCAACACUGUGCCGGAUCCUGCGUCUCUCAUCCUGGAAUCCGACUAUGCCUGCCCGAUAGGACAAGUUGUCAUGGCGCCAGAUUGCGUACCGUGCGCGGUGGGUACUUAUUAUGACGAAGAGACGAUGCAGUGCAUGUUCUGUCCCGUGGGCACUUACCAGAGCGAGUCCGGACAGUUGAGAUGCAAUUCCUGCCCGGUAAUCGCCGGUCGUCCCAGCGUAACGAUGGGUCCUGGUGCUCGUAGCGCGGCUGACUGCAAGGAGCGAUGUCCGGCCGGCAAGUACUACGACGAUGUGGCCGGUCUCUGUCGCAACUGUGGUCACGGAUUCUACCAGCCGAACGAGGGUAGCUUCUCAUGCCUGCUCCGGGACGAGUGCGGAUCCGGACAGCAAUUGGCCGUCGAGGGAAAGUGCGAGCCUUGCCCGCGCGGCACGUAUCGCACUCAGGGAGUGCAAGCGUCCUGCCAAGCUUGUCCUCUCGGUAGAACGACCCCGAAUAUGGGAUCCGCCGCAAUAGAAGAAUGCUCGCUUCCGGUCUGCGAGCCCGGGACUUACCUCAACGGAAGCCUCAACGAUUGCGUGGAAUGCAAGAAGGGGACGUAUCAGUCGGAACCACAACAGACUUUCUGUAUCCCUUGCCCGCCGAACACCAGCACCAAAGGAUCCGCAGCUACGAAGAAGGCAGACUGCACGAAUCCGUGCGAGACAAGCGGCGCAGAGAUGCACUGCGAUGCAAACGCGUAUUGUCUACUUAUACCGGAGACGAGCGACUUCAAAUGCGAGUGCAAGCCCGGAUACAAUGGCACCGGAACCGUCUGCACGGACGUUUGUCUUAACUACUGCGAUAACGAAGGUGUCUGUCUGAAGGACUCGCGCGGGCAACCCUCGUGCCGAUGCAGCGGCAGCUUCACUGGCAAACAUUGCACAGAUAAAUCCGAGUUCUUUUACAUUACCGGUGGCAUAGCGGGAGGCGUUAUCUUGAUAAUCAUUGUGGUGCUGCUCGUCUGGAUGAUAUGCGUCAGAGCUUCUAGAAAGAAGGAACCGAAGAAAAUGCUCACCCCAGCGACUGACCAGAAUGGCUCUCAGGUAAACUUUUAUUACGGUGCGCCGACACCGUACGCCGAGUCGAUAGCACCGUCACAUCACAGCACAUAUGCUCAUUAUUACGACGACGAGGAGGAUGGAUGGGAAAUGCCCAACUUCUAUAACGAGACUUACAUGAAAGAGAGCCUGCACAACGGGGGCAAGAUGAAUAGCCUUGCCCGAUCAAACGCCAGCAUUUACGGCACGAAAGACGAUCUUUAUGACAGACUGAAGCGUCAUGCGUAUACGGGUAAAAAAGAUAAGAGCGACAGCGACAGCGAAGGCCAGUGACCGGGUAGAACAAUGACUUUCAUGCCAACGUAGAGUACGAAAAUGCGAGAGAUAUCGGUGUAAUCAGACGAAGCGACGACGGUAUCUCAUCCUUCGUGCGACGUCGCCGUCGUUGCUCCAACCCGAUCGAGUUAUUUAUUGCAUACCCUUCUAUAUGACGGCGCCGAGAUCCGCGGUCGUCUAGAUCGGGCGACUGGAUGUGAAAGGAGAGAAACAGAGAAAGGCUCGAUCGGAGCCGCGGAAUCUCGCGUCGAUCUCCAAGAGACACGCGUCUGGCGAUCAACGCAAGAGUCCUGGAACGAUGAUCGGCAGAUCGUACACCGAUCGUCGCUUCGGCACGCGUUUACUCGAGUCGGAAAUCCGAGGCGCGCAACAUAAAAAAGGAAAAAAAAAGAUAAAAUAAAUAGGACCCGUCCGUCCUUCGUGAAGUGAAAUUCGAUGCGUGUUCAAUGAUUAAAGAGACUUUCGCGCGAGAUUGUAAUUUUUGUAAUUUAAUACUGCGUAUAGACAUGUAUCUUAAGGAUCAUCCCGACACCAUUCACCAUCCCGUUCCCUUUCUCUUUUUUUAUUAACCCGUAAGAUACGUGAGAGAAACUGUGUGCUUGUAUAUGUUAAUAUAACUAUAUACGUACGUAGAUUUAUAUUUUGUUACUCGAAAGGUAUACGUAUCAUCGUUGUAAUAUAAUAAAUGCGCGGUGACGCGCGCGAAGAGCGCAACGGGAGGGAGGGAAGAGUUUGGCGAGAUUUCGAAUUUAAUUUCAGCGAAUGUGAAGGAAUCAGAAGAAAGGAGAAAAAGGAGAAGUCUCGCGAAAAUCUCUGCGACGAGAGAAGACCGAUUUGAUUCGCGAUGAUCGAAAAAAAACUUUGGGAACUCUUACAGUGUACUCUCUCACGCGACGAUAAUCUCUUUGUAAAAACGGGAAUGUAGAGAGCCGCCGGGCGUGACAAACGGUGAACUUUGUGUCUGCGCGGCAAGUGUGCACCGAACGAUGCUUACCACACUGUUUUUUUCAUUUAUGUUGUAAAAACUUUAAUAAAUAGUUGUUUUUUUAUUAAUAA